AUGACGGAACUGAACAGCGUAUCCGAACACAAGACCGCUGGUCUCCUUAGUCUUCCCUCAGAGCUGAUACUCGAGAUAUAUGCUUGGGCUACCCUAUGUCACUACAAUGACGCGAAUGCGACAGUAGGCCCUCCGCGCGGCGCCCUGCUUUCUCAAAUCUGUCGACCCUUGCGAAGGCUCGCACUCUCGUCGCAGAACCUUUGGGAUCAUGUUCCGCGCCGAAGUAGCCCGGAACUGACAGAGCUAUGCUUGUCUCGGGCAUCGACGGCUCCACUGCACAUGGAUCUCCAUUGCCAUUUCGAUGAUAGUCAGGAUUUUGCCGCGAAGAAACUGGCUCUGCCUCAUCUCUCCCGAGCGAGAUACCUCCGGCUCUACGUGGAGUUCAAGUUCGAGUACAAGACGGUCAACGAAGCGCUGACGCUCAUAUAUGAUGCUCUCACGUCUUCUCCGACACCUCUACUUGAAACGUUCGAUGUAGAGUUCGAUACCAUCGACUUCGCGGACAGGAACUAUUCGUGUAUUUACCUGCCACAACCCCUCUUUCACGGCGCUCCCCCCACACAGCUGAAUUACCUCCGGCUGCGCCAGGCAGGAAUGCUCCGCUACCCUCCCCCACCGACAAUGCCAAUGUCCGCCUUCUCGAGCGCGGUGCGCUCGCUGAAUCUACACAAUAGCCAUUUGUGGGGAGAUGUGGACGAGAUGGUCGAGUUCUUCAUGACUAUUCCUCUCCUCGAGAAGCUCGAGUACACCCUUGUCAGUCGUGACAAUCGCCUAUUUGAAGCAUCGCCCUCGCGGAGACAUUCGCCGCGUUGCGUGCGCAUGGACCGUCUGGAGUCCUUCAUCACAGGGGAGCUCAGUAUAUUCAAUGCGUCCAUGGCCGUCUUCACCUACCUCGCUAUGCCCUCUCGCACUCAACUCAUCUUGUACCUCGACCGUGAAGAUGAUUGGGGCAUGGAUAGCGCCACCCACGCUUACGACUCGCCCUACGUCGAACUUGGCGAACAAGCUCUGCGCGAGCAUUUCGCAGCCGCCGUCGCGGCAGGCGAGUACUACGAUCAUCUGCACGUCGAUGACGUGGCCCAUACCAUAUCGCCGCAGUGCCCCGACGACGACGACGACGACGAAUCAUUACCAGACCUCCAUUUACGUCUUCUUCCGCCACCGCAUCGCCUAUGCCUAGACAUACCAGUGGUCAGAGAAGAGCUCAAGAUGCAGGCCUACGGGAUGUACUUGUCUCUGCCCAUCUUCACGCAAGUGUCGCAGAUAUGUGUUACUGGACUGUGUGGUGAUGAGGUCUGGGACAACCUAGAGCCCUACAAGGACGUGCAAACCCUUGUCCUCUACGGGGACGCGCUCCUGUCGCUCGUCCUGCAUGACCUGCUACCGCGCGGAGGACGCCGCUUUCAGCUAUUCCCAGCGCUGAGACAGAUAUUCAUACGAAAUGAUGACGUGUCACUACGUCGUCUGAUGCACUCUACGUCCGAGGUCAUGUACGAGUAUACGUUCCACACGUAUCUCGUGGCCAGAAGGCAAAUCGUCACGGUGUAUAUCGAGCGCUCGUCGUGUAAGGGUGCAGAAGAGCUUGCGGGCUGGUUGCGGGCGAGGUUCAGAAAGGAGCAGAUCGUCGUGUACUCGAUGCCGGAGAGUGGCUCUUCCUCGGAGGGAGAUGACGGGGAAGACAUGCAGGAAAGUCAGAAUUAG